AUGCAGGCUCCUACCCCAGCACUUGACCCACCGCCUGUGAUCGGCAACGACACCCAGCCUGGGUAUUGGGCGUGGGUCUCAGUGAACGGGGACUGGUUUACCCGUGGAAUCAGACCAAUCGGUCGUCGCCCCGGAUCGAAGAUUCACACGCUGAGACAGUUACCCCUCCGUCGAGAGCCGGGACUCAGGAUUGAAGGGCGGCCUUUGACCGGUCCCCAGUUUUUCACGAAGGUCAACAAGAGACUGGAGAACGUUGAAUCCCUCGUUGCCCAGUCCGUUGGGAUUGAAGUGUUGCCAGGGCAAGAGUGUGACUCCUGCAAGCGUAAGAUGGGACCUUUCACCUCCUGCGUUAUCGUUCCAAGUCUGGGCACUAUGUUCCCGUCCUGUGCGAAUUGCCACUGGUCAUCGAAGGGAAGGCGUUGCAGCUUCAUAGCAGCUUCACCUCCGUCUGCAGCUCUUAUCCAGCCAGCUCCUAUUCAGCCAGCUAUUAUCCAGCCAACUCUCGCCCAGGCAGCUCUCGCCCAGGCAGCUCUUGUCGACCCAGCUAUCGUUGAUCCAGCUAACGUUGACCCAGCCAACAUCGACCCAGCUCUCAUCUAA